AUUCCUGCAGAGACUCCCCUCAGUAUUCACGACUCACCAUUCCCCGUUGACGAUCAAGACACCGUGGGAAGAACAUUUUCAGCACCUCCCGAUCCUACCGGUAAGGUUUCUUGUCCCCAGCCCCCAUUUGCUCUCCAGUUCCCUGCCUUCCCAAUCACAGAUGUAACAAAACCUGUUGGCGAUUAACGCCCUGAGCACUAAUAAGAAGUUGUACAUAAGUUCGUUGCGCUCAAAAGUCAGUUUUGGUUUGUGAGAUUGCCUUCUAUUGCGGUGUAGGCGUGCGACAAGUUCUGUCCGUAAUUUUGAUGAAAGAAAUCGGACGUCAAGGACUAUGUUUAUUCAUUAGUUUGUUUAUAGACCAAAAAGGUUCUCUACGCAGUACUACCCGGCAUAAGCAUUUAACGCACCUGGCCUUGCUGCCACAUACAGAAACGAAAAGUAUGUUAGAACAGUCACUGAGGAAGUUUAAAAGUAAAAGAUCCUGUUCCGAUGUAGACAUUUUCCGGUGUUACCUAAACUGAGCGAUGUUUGCACUAAUGAUCAUUUAAACUUACGUAGUAAAACGAGGGGGGCAUAACAUGAAGAAAGGAUAAAUGUUCUAGAAGUCUAUUAGUCUGAAAUCGAUUGUUUCCUUUAUACGUUAUGUGACGUGGGAUCCUUAUUUCUUCUUUAAGCUGAUCCAAUGAUAGCAGGGCCGUCCAUUCCUACGCGUGGGAUGCUAAUUUCUACCUUCUUUUCCCUUAACAGCUGAACCGAUGUUAACAGAGGCAUCUAUUCCUACAGCGCAUGGAUCCAGCCACGGUCUGGUACCUCAAGUUCAGUGUUCAGAGCAUUUUUCCUCACCAGAUAUCCACACCCAUCAUCACAGUGCCCCAUCCACCAUCUUUACACCUGGAGAAUCCUUGUCUACCGAUCCGGAUCUCAUCUGUGGUCCUGGCCCUUCUACAGUCACGCAGGACGAGCCCAUUGAUGAGGUAAUGAUGCCGGACAAGGGCGAUGGGCCGGAUUCAUAUUGCUGUUCUUGUAUAUUAAUUAGUUUUGAAACAGUGUUAAGGAUUAUUGAGAACGACUUGGCCCUUCUACAGUCACACAGGACGAACCCGUUGAUGAGGUAAUGAGGCCAAACAAGAGCGAUGGGCCGGAUUCAUAUUGCUGUUCUUGUUUAUUAGUUUGAAACAGUGACAAGGAUUGUUGAGAACGACUUUAUGGAUCAGUCGUUUACUCAAUAACAAAGUUGUUGAUAGGAAUGUUAUUGAGCAUUGCUAGCCCCAAUAGUGUCAGAGCUCAAGGUCGUACCUUUACUUUCGUGGUCGGAGGACUUUGUUCAGUGUUUAUUCUCAUCAUGAACGAAGGUUUUCGAUCGGUUGAAAAUUUUGACCGGACACUUCGUUGACAUGGAACCGUUCAAUAUUUUCACUCUGUUCCCACGAAAAUUUGAACGGCUGAGCGUCUGAUUUUUGUGGUUCUGCGUGAAUUCAAUACCUAAACGCACGGAUUUUCAACCGCAUGAAAAUUCUUCAGGUGCCGAGUGAACUACCACCGGAAGGUUUUCCAGGUUGUCUGUCCGCUGUUUUAUUAGACCAGUCAGGUGUCGUUAGUGGAUGUAUAUGUUACCUUCAAGAGAGCUCGACGUAUUUGUUUCUGGGGCAUGCUUGAGCUUCUUUUGGUCUAAAAGUCUAAAACUUUUAACGACUCUCACGAAUUCUGAAAACGUUGCGUAAGGGUGUUGUAGAAAGGAAAUUUCGUGGAGUGCUGAGCACUAUUAGUUGUCAUUAACAUUUCGUUUUAGUUAAACUUUGGGUCUAUAAUUAAAUGACUACUUUUAAGUCGUAUAAUUUAGUGACGCGUCAGUCAGUCGAUUGGUCAGUCCUCAAAAGCUUACAUAUAUAAUCACUCGAACUACAUGGCACUAUUUUCUCGAUUGCAGGAGUUGAAUCUUCCCAGCUCAUCUUCCAAAGGGUAUGAUGAACAAGUUGCCUUACAAGGUUGGUUAUAAACAAUAAUAAAGAAAAAAAGGCAAAUUUACAUACGAUCUUACAGUAUAACCAAGUUUUCCAUUCCGCGCUUAAUACGGACACUGUGCCACGUCACUUUGGCAUCCGUAUUAACAGCGAGGGCUUCACUGUUUGUCUGUUUCUCAAAGAAUUCUUAGAAACUGAGUCAUACAAAAUUGAUUUUAUAAUUACAGAAGAAUCCCCAAGAAGAAAACAGAAAGCAGGAAAAAAGUGGAAAGUGCAGGAGAUGAUGACUGAA